GUUAAAGAUGCACUUUUGUCUGAAAAAUACCAUCUCAACUUCCACCAUUUUUCCAACAAAACAAAAUAAAUAAAAUCUUAAUUCCCAAUAAUUCCUCUUCUUUUUAUCCCAUGCAAUCAAGAUGCACCAAUCACGUCUCCAACAUGCUCUACGUCCUCAGCCGGCGCCUCCGCCGCCUCUGCUCCACUCUCCGUUGGUUCAUGUGGCGGCCCCGCCCCCGCCCCAGGGUCAUCAUCCGCCGUCUCGGCCGCAGAAAGAAACUGGCCCCGAGCCGCAGUUUUGAUUUUAACCAAAAUCAAAACCGCGGCGCCCGGCCUAUCUGCCUGGCGACGUUCAACGCCGCCCUGUUCUCUCUGGCGCCGGCCGUCCCGGCGCCAGAGAGAUCGGUCGUUCUCGUCCAAGAAGAGGAGGAUUCCCUCAAGUCCCCAAAAGGGAUACUCAAACAGUCUCCACUUCACUCACAAAACAAUUCAGACAACAACAAGUUCGCGAAACUGAGGCCUAAUAAAGUCUCGAUAAAUCUCCCCGAAAACGAGAUCUCGUUGGCGCAGGACAGAUCAAUGGAGAGCUCGUUCCGAUUCAACAACACCGUUGCUGUCGCGGCGUCGGCCAUGAGGUCGCCGGUGUGGUGGGACGGGGCGGCGGCCUUGUGCGGGAGCCGGACAAUUUUCGACGUGCUGAAGGAGGUGGAUGCUGACAUCUUGUGCUUGCAGGAUGUGAAGGCGGAUGAGGCCGACGAGAUGAGGCCGUUGUCGGACCUGGCGAGCGCGUUGGGGAUGAGCUACGUGUUCGCGGAGAGCUGGGCGCCCGAGUUCGGGAACGCCCUUCUCUCGCGGUGGCCGAUCAGCAAGUGGAGAGCUGAGAGGAUAUACGAUGACAACGAUUUCAGGAAUGUGAUAAAGGCGACGGUGGAGGUGCCAUGGAUGGGAGAGGUGAAUGUGUACAGCACACAGCUGGAUCAUCUCGAUGAGACAUGGAGAAUGAAGCAAAUCAACGCCAUCAUGCAUUCAACCACCCCUCAUUUCCUUGCAGGAGGCCUCAACUCUCUUGAUUCGUCGGAUUACUCCUCCCACAGGUGGAACCACAUCGUUAAGUACUACGAGGAGUUGGGGAAGCCUACUCCAAAGGUUGAAGUGACCAACUUGUUGAAGGAAAGAGGCUACACAGAUUCCAAACAUUUUGCAGGGGAAUGUGAACCAGUAGUAGUGAUAGCCAAAGGCCAAAAUGUGCAGGGGACUUGCAAGUAUGGCACUCGUGUGGACUACAUUUUGGGGUCGGAAGGUUUGCUCUACACGUUCGUCCCGGGAUCCUACUCGGUCGUCUCCUCUAAAGGAACCUCGGAUCAUCACAUUGUUAAGGUUGAUAUCGUGAAAGUUGAAGAUGGUGGUGGAAAGAGCAUGAGUUGGAGCAAGUUGAGAAAGAGGUUUGUGAGGAUGUCUAGUUCUUCUUGCUCUUCAAAAAAGUGGGUGGAAAGUGAAAUGAGUUAGUUUCUUGAAAUUGUUGUACUAGUAAAUAGUGAUCUACAUUUGUUGUAGUGUAUUAAGAUUAAGAAGUUGGAUGGAUUUGAUUUUCAUGUAUGGAAAGGAUUUGUAUUUGAUGUUUCUUGUAAAUAAUGUAAUAAUAAUUUAUGAUAUAGUUUACAUCGAACUAA